GUGGAUUAGAGGGAGAGAGUCACUUCAUCCUCACUCCAGUCACUGGAGCUGAACACUAGCGAGGAUCUGAACUGGUGAAAACUGUCAGCUGAGUCCACUCUGAAAGAUUUUGCCAAUACAGCACUAAGGAUCAAUAAGUUGCGAUGGCUUCCAGCAUGGUGUAUUUCCUUAUCCUGUUCCCUCUCAUUGCCAUCAUGUCAGCGGCGGAACCGCCAGGUUGCAGGAUCCGGUUCACCAACAGAGGGCUCGCGAUGUUGAAGUAUGAGACGCAGAAGUUUGUGGCGGAGGAGCUGAGCAACAUCACGAUGCCGGAGAUGAAGGGCAACGAGGGUCGCUUCCAGUACACUAUCAGAGAGGUGAAGAUACAUGAACUGAACCUGACGCAUGCUGACCUGGCCUUCCAGCCAGGUCUGGGGCUGCUCUUUGAGAUCCAGAACUCCUCCAUCUCCCUGAGCUUCCAGAGGCGCAUCCUUUACUGGCUGUUCUACGACACGGGAUACACCAAUGCCUCUGCAGAAGGCGUGAACAUCCAAACUGUCCUUCACAUGAACAAAGAUGAGGCCGGGCGCCUCAAGAUUUCCAACAUCACCUGUGAUGCCUCCAUCGCCAAGAUGAAAAUGAAGUUCACCGGCACCUUGGGAAGGGUAUAUGACUUCCUUGGGACAUUCUUGACCACAGGCAUGCGCUACGUUCUGAACAAGCAGAUCUGCCCUGUCAUGAACCACGCUGCUUUAGUUUCAGUCAACUCUUUGUUGGACACAAUUCCAGUGCGAACCGAAGUGGAUAACUAUGUUGGGAUCGACUACUCUCUCCUCAGCGACCCAGUGGUGACUUCAAGGAGUCUUGACAUGGAUUUCAGGGGCAUGUUCUUUGAGCUGGCGAAUGAGAACGAAACCUUGGUGAACUACGCCGUCAACCCAAUAGUGAAAGAGCACAACCGAAUGGUGUACUUGGCCCUGUCCGAGUACUUCUUCGACAGCGGGUUGUAUUCCUAUUUCAAAGCUGGGAUAUUCCAAAUGAACAUUGCCAACGAGAAUAUGCCGAAGGAUCUGGAGAUGAUUCUCAGGACCACCUACUUUGGCGCCAUUUUCAUGAUGAACCCGGCCCUGGUGGAGUACCCCAUAUCCCUUAAACUGGAGUUGACCUCUGCCCCCAAAACUACCAUCAAGACGUCGGGGGCCACGGUUGCCGUCACCGCCACCGUCACGGUGUUGGUCUGUCCACCCGGCGCCCCGCCCGUCCAGCUCAGCAAGAUGACCAUGGAGGCUAAAUUCCUUGCCAAGGUGUCCAUGAAGGGCAAGAGACUGGCCGUCCUUACAGACUUGAGGAGGUUUAAAAUCUUCUCCAACCAGUCUGCUUUGGAAUCACUGGCGUUGAUUCCCCUUCAAGGCCCACUGAAGACCAUGCUGCAGAUCUCCGUGGUUCCCAUCAUCAACAACUGGACAAAGAGGGGUGUCUCCAUCCCCCUCGCAGAUGGUUUGGAUUUCACAGAGGAGGUGGUGGAGUAUCAUAAUGGAUACCUCAUAAUCGGGGCCAACCUACACUUCACCAAGAGCCUGAGGGAGAUGAUUGAGGGAAAGCUCCAGACUGAGGACGACAAUGCCAUCUAAAGAAGAAAUCACAGUUUAGAUGUAGAUCAACACUCCAUUCAGUCUUGUGUUUCUAAAGUCCUUCAAGGUACUUCAUGUUUACUCUGCAGGAGUCUACUGGAACGAUUUUGCCAGAACACGCCGGUCCCACAUCUUUUACGGAUCAAAGACAACCAUUUCCUUUUUAAAUCAAGCAUAACACUCAUAUUACAACUUGAUUAAACUGUAUUUUCAUCCCUAGCUUGACAUUUUCAAAAGUGCUUUUAAGAUUUAUUGCCUUUGUUUUGUUCGUUUUUGUUAGUGCAAAGGUAAAUCAGCCAGGUUGACUUGAAUCUGUUCAAAUGUAAAUGUUUACCUCAGAAUGGCACAGUUGGGCCUCAGACAAAGACCUGAUCUAAGUCAUAUGAAUAGUCAAAGGUCAUGUCAACGCACAUUGUAAUGGUAUAGGAAUGAGUUGUGAUCUUUAGUGUAAUGUACUGUAUGAUUAAUGAAAUGUUACCUGACAAUGUUCUAAAACCAUACUUUUGUAAAUAUUGCUUCACACAUGAAAACAGAGUAUGCCAUGAUCAAGUCCACAUGUGUAACUACGGCCUAACCAAACAAGAUUGAGCAUUAAAAUGUCCGUCAAAACUGA